AUGGCACCUCCAAAUACUGAAACAAUGACACUUCAACAUAACUACAUUAGUAAAGAAGACUUUGAAAAACGCGUUCAGGGUGGUCAAAUACUUAUAAUAUAUAAUAAUAAAGUUUAUAAAUUGAACAAGUGGUUAAAAUACCACCCAGGGGGGGAACUUGCAAUUCGUCAUAUGAUUGGUAAAGAUGCUACCGACGAGAUAAAUGUUUUUCAUCCUGAAGAAGUAUACAAGAAGAAAAUCAAUACCUUUUACAUCGGGGAAUAUGGGGGAAAGACUGAGGACUUCAAGGAAGAAAGAUUAUCUUUUGCGGAACAAAAGUUAAUAUCUCAAACUUAUCGUAGAUAUUAUUCAAAACUUCAUGAACUAGGAUUAUAUGAAUGUGAUUAUUGGAAUUACUUUUAUGAAACCAUUCGUUAUGUUUUCUUAAUAAUUUCGGCAGUUACGUUGAUGUUUUACGGAACUCAAACCUGGCAUUUCUUAACUAGCGCAGUUUGUCUUGGACUCUUUUGGCAUCAAAUUGCAUUCUCGGCUCAUGAUGCAGGACAUAGCGGUAUAACUCAUAAUCUACUCGUGGAUAAUAUCAUCGGUGUGAUUAUUGCAAAUUUUAUGGGAGGGUUGAGCAUCGGAUGGUGGAAAAGAAGUCAUUACGAAAAUAUGGCCUUUCGUAAUUUAGAAAUAAGUGGAAUGAUAUUUUUUUGGUGUUGGUAUAUUUAUUUGUUAUCAUUUUUACCAUCGAUACCAUUACUUCUUUCCUACGUUUUAAUAUCGCACGCCAUUACGAUGAUCUUACACGUACAAAUUACUUUAUCACAUUUUGGUAUGUCAACCGAAGAUUUUGGACCUUUAGAGUCUUUCCCAAGGAAGAUGUUGCGUACUACGAUGGACGUUGAUUGUCCUUGGUGGAUGGAUUGGUUUCAUGGUGGUUUGCAAUUUCAAGCCGUUCAUCAUUUAUUUCCAAGAGUACCAAGACAUAAUCUUCGAAAUUGUCAAAAUUUGGUUAAGGGAUUUUGUGAAGAAGUAGGGUUAAAAUACCACAUAUAUGGUUUUAUUAAAGGUAAUGGGGUCGUACUAGGAGCCCUUCGUGAUAUCGCGAAUCAAGUUGAAUUAUUAGGAAAAGUUGCCAAAUCUCAUAAUGAUAGACAUUUACAUUAA